AUGGAACAGAUUGCUGCCCAGAUCAACGAGCUUUUGGAAUUCCCCAUUGACUUCGAAGGCCAGAAGAAAGUCGACCGUAUUAUAUUUUUCUUUGUUCCCGCCGCAGCAAUCCUCUCCGUGUUGGCUGGAUUUGUAACUCAGAGCUUGUUGCUGUUACUUGUCACUUUUGGCUUGACUGUUUUCGUUACUUUGGUACUUGUGUUACCUCCCUGGGCCCAAUAUAGACAGAACCCCGUGCACUCUGAUUUGUUUUUGGGUUUCGAUUUGUCCACCCAGCAGCUUAAGGUGAUUGUCACUGACGCCGCCUUGAACGCUCAGAACACGUAUGCUGUGGGGUUUGACGACCACUUCAAGGAGAAGUAUGGCAUUGAAAAAGGUGUUCUUACGGAUGACACCGCUGGUGAGAUCUUGUCGCCUGUGAAGAUGUGGCUUGAGGCGGUGGAUACCGUGUUCACCAUUAUGAAGAAGGACAACUUUCCAUUCGAGAAAGUGAAGGGCAUGAGUGGCUCAGGUAUGCAACAUGGGUCCGUUUACUGGUCCGAGGAUGCCUCGAAGUUGCUUGAGAACCUAGGCAAUGCCUCCUCGUUAGUCGAAGGCUUGGACGGAGCUUUGACGAUGGAGACUUCUCCCAACUGGCAAGAUCACUCCACCGGCCAGGAGAUCAAAGAUUUUGAGAAGAUCGCCCAUGGCCCCGACCACCUUGCCGAGAGAACAGGCUCCAGGGCUCACUAUAGAUUCACUGGCUUACAGAUUCGUAAGUUGGCGGUUAGAAAAGCUCCUGACGCGUAUAAGAAGACGAGUCGUAUCUCUUUGGUGUCCAGCUUCUUGGCCACUGUUCUUUUAGGAAAGAUAGCACCAAUUGAACACGCUGAUGCUUGCGGUAUGAACAUCUUCAACAUCAAGGAGAACAGAUACGACGAGGAAUUGACCGCUGUUGCUGCAGGUGUUCACCAGGAGUUGGAUUGUGUUUCCAAAGAUGAGUCGGCUAAAGGGGUUAAAGAGCUUGAGAAGAAGUUGGGUCCCAUUGACGAUAUAACCUACGAGGCAUUGGGCACCAUCUCACCAUACUUCACCAACAAGUACGGUUUCAGCAAAGACGCCAGAGUUUACUCAUUCACGGGCGACAAUUUGGCUACAAUCAUAUCGUUACCAGUCGAGCAGAAUGACGUCUUGGUGUCUCUUGGCACAUCAACCACAGUGCUUUUGGUGACCGAGCUGUUCAAUCCCUCGUCGCAAUACCACUUGUUCAAACACCCCACCAUGAAAAAUGCCUAUAUGGGUAUGAUUUGUUACUGCAAUGGCGCCUUGGCGAGAGAGAAUGUCAGAAACGCUGUUAACAAGAAGUACGAUCUCGAGAAAGAGUCUUGGGACAAGUUUGAUGAGAUCCUUGAUGCCUCUGAGGACUUCGAUAACAAGCUUGGCAUCUACUUCCCUUAG